AUGGAUGCUUGUAUUUUCUAUGUUCUUUUCUCCUCCAUGUUUCUGACCACAAAGGCUUUUGAAUCCAUCUGCCCAAUAGUUAAGUGCAGUCAUGGAGGUCCUGAUAUUCGUUUCCCAUUCCGAGUAGUUGGUCAACAGCCCCAGCACUGUGGUCACCCUGGUUUCGAACUUUUUUGCAAAGAAAACACCACUAUGAUUCAUUUUCCAACUUAUGGACCCUUGGUUGUGAAAUCCAUCUCUUAUGAUAUCAGAAAACUCAGUCUUCUUGACCCCAAAAAUUGUGUCCAUGAAGUCUUUCUCAAUCUCAACCUUUCUGGCACACCUUUCCAGUACUACUAUCUUUUGAAGAACUUCACAUACCUCAACUGUUCAACCAGGCUUUCGCCUUCUUUCGACGAAGUUUCAUGCUUGAGUGGCUCCAGGCAUCAUGUUUACACUGUAGAAUCUUCGUUGCCCACGCCAGUUUCUUGCAGGCCAUUGAAAACUAUUCCCAUUCCAUUUUCAUACAGUUCUUAUCUUGCUGACAAUAGUUUUGGCCUCGGAUUAACUUGGAGUUUGCCUGGAUGUGAAGAUUGUGAAGCAAAAGGAGGCUCGUGUGUGUUGCCGUCCAAAGCAGGACUUAAAGCAGGCUGUCUCGGCAUAGAACAUGAUAAAGGUUUUUCAAUUGUGCAUUUAUUGUCAAGUGGAACUGGGUCUAUCAUCUUGAACAUUCUGCUGUGUGUUUUCGUGGUGACAACAUUGAUUAGAAUAAAAAUCUACUUUAGGCAGAGAAUGAAGGUGGAUGAAGAGGCAGAAAAUGAGAAUCUACUUUAG